AUGCUUUGCAAAGCCAUCCUUGCUAUGGCCAUCAACUUGCAUGCCCUUGCACACACUGAUGGUGACGAAAACGGUUUGCUCCAGCUGCAGAACAAAUCGACGACCUCAAUUGUCGUGGUUUCUGGGUGCAUGAGUAACCCUGAAGACAGUUACUCGGAAGACAUUUGCACGAUUGCCAAGAAGAACUUCAAGACAUACUGCGACUAUCACGGCUAUAAGCUGGUGUUCUACACCCAGUUGCCUCCUGGAUCUGAAGAUCGAGCGCCGCACUGGUCGAAGAUCUUAGCCGUUCGAAACAUUCUUGAGUUCGAGCGCGUGGAUUAUGUUUUUUGGAUGGACAGCGAUUCGCUCUUCGUGAACUACAGCACCAGCUUGAAACACUACUUGCCCCGAGGAAACAGCUACAUGACCUUUAGUGGAGGCGACCUUUGCUUCCUUAAUUCCGGACACAUCAUGUUCAAGAAUGACAAGUGGACGCUGGACUUUUUUGAAGGAAGUUUGGAAGACGUAUCCUUCUCCAGAACCGUGGCAAGAUCAAUCGGCCAUGAUCUACGUCAUGCAUAA